ACACGCAGUCUGCCAUGGAGGAACUAGCUGAACUGAAACGUGUUAUUCGAAAAUUCAGCUUUGACCCAAAGAAAGGGUAUUCUCGAUUACUCCUUCAACUGUUUGGCUAUUUGGGUAAUGGGAAGUCCUCAUUUAUUAACACCUGUAAAUAUGUCUGGGACGAUGGAGAAUUUAUCAAUCAUACCACAGCAAAGAGUGAGGAUGGACCAACCACUAUGGCGAGACUAUCCUACCCACUCACAAAGACCAUCACACUGGUGGAUAACCGUGGCUGUACCACAAUGGACAGUUAUGAGGUUGGAGAAAUUUACGCUCAGCUCGGUAAGUGUACCUAUCAUCAUCCAUCUAUCCCUGCAUACAUCUAUCCCUGUAUCCAUCCAUCCCUCCAUCCAUCUAUUUUAUAGUCCAGCUUUCUUUCUUUCUCUCUUUUUUUCUUUCUCUCUCUCUUUCUUUCUUAUUUUUUUCUUAUUUUUACCAGUAUGGAGCAUUAUUUGAUCUUGUGCAUCAUUUAUCUUUCUUAUGAUAUGUUUGGUUCUGAAGAAUUACACUGAAAAGAAAUAUGUACAGAAUCAUACAUAUCCCUGUUUGCCUCUACUCUCUGGAUUAAACACGUUUAAUGUUUCACUUCAUUUGCCAUUGGCAUUAUACAUUUUAUUGGAUUUUAUUUGUUAUUGGCCCUUCUGAAAAUAUUAUAGUAAUUAGUAUUUUAUAGGUAUUUAAUAAUAUUCCGAUGUGGCGAAAGUAACCAUCCUGGAAGUCAUAGUUUGACCAACCGCAAGCAUGGCCCCAUGCCCAAAACAGAUCCAGAGAAUUAGGCUGUGCAGCCAGUCUAUUUUAAACAAUCGAAUUACCGUUCGAAUUACCGAUCAGAAUGGUGAAUGACCAUAGUCCAUGUGUGUCCCUUGUUCGUGAGCUUCGACUCACCGAACGCCGUUUGACUCCUGUUCGAAUAGUCACAAUUUUCUGGAAGGUAACUGUUCAGCGGAGUUCGUGCCGUUGCUUUUCCAAUUUGAGUUCCAUGACACAACACAGCUGAACACGUUCAAACAAAAAAGACGGCCUCUGCCACGUGUUAAAAUGUUGAAUGGCGGCCACUUCGACCACUUCGACUUCUUUGACUUUAUCCAAAGUUCCCCUUUGAAAGUGUAAAUCUGUUCCAAUAGAAGUCCAAGAGGCAGAAAGAGUAUCUUUAACCCACAGUUCACCACAGGGCCAUAGCCACAGGGUAGGAGGCUGGCAAACAGGCCACUCAAAAAAACAAUGGUGAGGUCACUUUUGCCACAGCCAAACUUUUAUUCACUGUAUUUAUGCAGAGUUUUGAGAAGUAAGCACUCCACACAUUGAUUGAGAUUUGUUUAUAAUCUGUAUUGAGUAUUGGGGACCGUACCACCAUUGGCCCUCUGUUGCCAACUUGCUAUGCAUGCUGAGGAUGGACAGAUUUUAUGUCCAGAACUGAAAUUUGAAGCCUUUUUAAUACUAACCAAGAGUCCCCAGGAAUCCAUCACCUCUGUGUUCCUCUGGCUGAUGAUUAGCCUGAGCAGCAAUGGGCAACUGUGAUUGGUUGAGAGUGUCACCUGACUUUUUAUCAUAUCUUACACCCCUCAGAUUCCUAAAGCACUUUAUUGUGCUGAAAGGAUUUACAUGUAAAGAGUGUGUCCCCUUCUUUUUCAUUUUACAAAAAGAGCAGAUUUCAAUAGUGUAAUAGGAAUGUUUCUUGAUAGUGUCACUGCCAUUGAAGUCAUUGUCUAUUACUAUUGUUGUGAGAAUUUUAAGCUACAGAAUUUAUAUUUUCAUAUGUUGUGUAAAGAUCUCACCAUACAUUGAAUGACAUGUUGCUGGAGGCUAUUCCUUGUGGGGAAUAAAGUGCUUAGGGUCUUCUUGCCCUCACCCACCCCACCAGUAUAGAUGUCGUGAACGGUCCGCGAACUUCUCGCUUACGGUUCGCCACGGUUCGCCACGAACCGUUCGCGGCAAACUCCGGUCAGCUGACACAUCCCGGCCAAUCUCCAGCAGACCCUCCCUCCCAGUCCCUCCUACUUCCUGGACAGCAUCCAUGUUGAAGGCAGCUUCAACAUGGAUGCUGUCCAGGAGGUGGGAGGGUCUGGGAGGGAGGGUCUGCCGGAGAUUGGCAGGGAUGUGUCCGCUGACCGGAGUUCGCUGCGAACGGUUCGUGGCGAACCGUUCGCGAGAAGUUCGCGGACGGUUCACGACAUCUCUACCCACCAGCUGUGGAGAAAUAAGUACAUAACGUAUCAAUCACAAAACAAAUCCUAAUAUCUAAUUGUGCAUUAUUGCAUGGCAAUAACCUUUGUGUAUGUUCUCUCUCAUCUAGCUAAUUUAUUACCUCUGGAUAAGCUGGUGGAGUGGAGCAAAGGAUAUGAGCUCGCCAGGCGGAUAAAAAGGGCAGAAUACUCGGUGAAAACUACUGACUUCAUUUUUCCAAUAUUUGUACACAGGUGAGAAAGAUUAGAUAUUUCAAUAUUAUACAUGAAACAGAAAGGCCACACUCACCUGAACAUGACCAACACAUAGAGCAUACAACAUUCUGUGUACACCUACAGCACUGGAGUCUUCUGCAUUGUGUAUAUAGAAAGUUUUGAAAGUCCAUGCAUCAAAUGAGGCAAACCAUUUGGUUUAAUACAGGGCCAUUCAGGCUGCAAAAUAUGGACAUUGUUGUUCAUGGAAUUCAUUAAGGUCCCAAUGUUUUAAAUCAUGCACUGAACAGACCAGAAUUUGGUCCAAGUUUUAGCUAUGCCAAACAUCGCUGGACAGCUGAAAUCCAGACAGACUGAAUUAAGUUUGUGUGUUGAGGCUUCAGGUUAAGAAACCUCUAAACUAUUUGCCAACUGGCAGUGCUAACAGCCACUGGGUAAUAAAUGAAAAUCUCUGGUGGUUCGAGGAUUAAUAAUGUGGGACUGGCCAGCCACCACAUUAAACAAACAAACAAAAAAUUACAAUUAUGGGAGGACAUAGGGUGGGGGCUAGGUUUAAUUUUCUUAUUGGGGACUUAGUGCUUCCCUUGACCCCCACCUGUGAUUGAUGGGAUUGAGCCUUAAUAAUAGUGGGCACCAGGUGGGGCUCGUAAUUAAUUAUAUAAAGUAUAAAACAUGCCAUCUCCAUCCUCCAUGAAUGACCCAGCAGCACCCUUAUUAAUAUGCAUAUGCAGGUGAGUUUAGCCUAUUUGUUUUGUAUAAAUAUAUAUAUUUUUAUUUUAUUUUAUUUGCAUGUUUUCCCACUUCCAUCUGGGUCACCAAUCCCCAAUGUCAUUAAUUAAAGCAAAAUAAAAAAGACCCAAUCAAAAUGCCACAAAAAAAAGCUAAAACUGCAUCACAAUAAAAACAAAUUAUCUUCACUAUGGGGAGCUGGUCACAGAAUGAGAUCUGGUAGCAAUGGAACCCCUUAUAGAGUGUUCUGAUAGCCAAGAUAAGUCGAGGCCUUAAUGGAUGAAGAUGAUUUUUUUUUCCAGUAUUUUAAUUUUUUUUUGCAAUUUGGUUCUUUUUCAUUUUUUUAUUUAAAUUAAGGACAUUGGUUAUAAUGAAUUUUUAUUUGGCUUCUUUUGGGGCUGAAGAACAGAACAAUAUUGUACAGAGCCAUCGCUGAGCUCACAAGGAUUUUUUCCAAUUGGGUUCCUGUUUUUAAAAGUGGCGUCAGGAUGUAAUAGUCUUCCUGGUUUAAUUAUCUUAUUUGCACGUUUGCUUAUUUCACAGUGUGAAAAAGUCCAUCGCCCCUCGUGAAUUUCUUCAAUACAGGGAGCUGCUUUCAAAAGCUAGGGAAGUAACCGGUAAAUACAGAUAUUUCUUACGGAGUUUAAACUUACACGUUACUUGUUGUUAUGUAAACUUUCAUAUUUUUAUAAAAACACUCGUACUUGAAAAAAACAGGACAUCCUCGAAAACGAGAGAAAUAUCAAUGUAUCUUUCCUGGGAACAUAUUUUAUAAACAAAUAAAUAAAAACAUUUAAUUUCAAAUUUAAAAAAAAAAAACAAUUAUGUUUUAAAUCCACCAUAACCAUCUGAAUGUGCAGAGAACUUGAAUUAUAUAUAUAUGUGUGUAAUUGAAUGAGUGAUCACUGUGAUUAAACAUGAAUUUGAUCAUAUUUCACAAUAUAUACUGUAUUAAACCCCAAUGUAUUUUUUGCCUUGGUGAGGUAUUACAAUCUGUGAGAUUUUAAAUUGUUGUUUAGUGAAUGUGUGAGUGCGCUGGCUGUUGUGUGUUGUAUGAAUUGACCCAGCAGCACCCUUAUUAACAUGCAUAUGCAGGUGAGUUUAGCCUAUUUGUUAUGUAUAAAUAUAUAUAUAUUUAUUUUAUUUUAUUUGUAGUGUAAAAUCCUUGCACUAGCUUUGGGAAAGCCAUACAUAUUUGUAAUCCCUUCCCUCGAGAAUCAGGGGCUAUACUAAGCUAAUGAGAUAGCACAUUUGUUUAAAACGGCAUUUGUAGUAGUUGGUCAAACCUUAAAAUUAUAUAUUUUAAUGUCAAUAUCUUAGUAAAUCCCAUUUAUUGCCUUUUAAAAGCAAAACUUUAAUUGAACAAUCGUUAAAACAGUUUCAUGUUACAAGCAAACAAAAACAUUCCAAUAAAACACAAAACAUGCCAGGUGGUCACAUUGCCCUAAAUGUCUUUCUAGGAAUAACACAUAUCUUAUUUUCACAGCAAUAUUUCCUGUUGUUAUUAUCACUCACAGGGAAAUGUUGCUGAAAAGGAGAAGAUUUUCAACAAUCUUGGGGUGGAGCGGAUCUUUGCCUUUGAGAAUUAUACCCCAAUGGAUAAUAUAAAGACACAAGGAAGACAUGAAGAUGUCCUGAAGUUCCUACAUGAAGUUAUUAUGGAUGUGCAGUUUCGAUUGACUCAGCCACAAAAUCCAGAAAGAGAAAUGAUAAAACACAAGCGAAUUGUACUUAAUUACAUAAAGUAUCAAGAGGAAGAAACAGAAAAAAUAUCAAAACAGAAAAUAACGGGAGAGAGACCAGACGUUAGUAAACAAAUAGAAAAAGAAAAAGAAAUCGAAAGAAUAAGGAGAGCCCUAGGGCAACAAAUCGAACAAAGUGAUCCAGAAUUCGGACAACAAAGAAUGCGUGAUAGAGAAGAGAAGUUACAACAAUUGGAGGCAGAUAUUAAAAGAGAACAUGGAAGAGGUGUUCUGGAAGUUGAGAUUAGAAACCUAGAGGAUUUACUUAAAAGGGAAAAUAAUGAGAAGAAAUUGGGAAAGAGACCUAAUGGGGACUCCUGUGUCUUACAGUAA